AUGCCCAGGAAGCUGCUGCUGCUGCCCCCGCUCUCCGUGUCCUCCGCUUUCCGCGCCCCGCGUGCCUGCCCCGCCGCUCGCCCGGCCAUGAACGCCGCCCGCACCGGCUACCGAGUCUUCUCUGCCAACUCCACGGCCGCCUGCACCGAGCUGGCCAAGCGCAUCACCGAGCGUCUUGGUGCUGAAUUGGGGAAGUCUGUGGUUUAUCAAGAGACCAAUGGAGAAACAAGAGUUGAAAUAAAAGAAUCUGUUCGUGGCCAAGAUAUUUUCAUUAUACAGACAAUACCCAGAGACGUGAACACGGCUGUGAUGGAGUUGCUGAUCAUGGCGUAUGCACUGAAGACGGCCUGUGCCAGGAACAUCAUUGGUGUCAUCCCCUACUUCCCCUACAGCAAGCAGAGCAAGAUGCGGAAGAGGGGCUCCAUUGUGUGCAAGCUCCUGGCAUCCAUGCUGGCAAAAGCAGGUUUAACUCACAUUAUCACUAUGGAUCUUCAUCAAAAGGAAAUACAAGGCUUUUUCAGCUUUCCCGUGGACAACCUUAGAGCCUCACCUUUCCUGCUUCAGUAUAUCCAGGAAGAAAUUCCAAAUUACAGAAAUGCAGUCAUUGUAGCUAAAUCGCCUGAUGCUGCAAAAAGGGCCCAGUCGUACGCAGAGAGGCUGCGUCUGGGCCUGGCUGUCAUCCAUGGGGAGGCCCAGUGUGCGGAGAUGGACAUGGACGACGGCCGCCAUUCCCCGCCGAUGGUCAAGAACGCGACUGUCCACCCAGGGCUGGAAUUGCCGUUGAUGAUGGCCAAGGAGAAGCCGCCCAUAACUGUAGUUGGAGAUGUGGGAGGACGCAUCGCGAUCAUAGUGGAUGACAUCAUCGACGACGUGGAGAGCUUCGUGGCCGCUGCGGAGAUUCUGAAGGAGAGAGGCGCUUACAGGAUCUACGUCAUGGCCACACACGGCAUCCUGUCCGCAGAGGCCCCCCGUCUCAUCGAGGAGUCCUCCAUCGACGAGGUGGUGGUGACGAAUACUGUCCCUCACGAGGUGCAGAAGCUGCAGUGUCCCAAGAUAAAGACUGUGGACAUCAGUCUGAUUCUUUCUGAAGCAAUCCGGAGAAUCCACAACGGGGAGUCCAUGGCGUACCUCUUCCGGAACAUCACAGUGGACGACUAG